UUCCAGCAUCCAUCAUACCAACAUCAAUGGAUUCCACCAGACUGUUGUUUCUGUGGCUUGACCAAUUGGCUUGAGCAAUUUUAGAGGGUGCGCAGCCGAAGAUCAUCGUACUGCCGCAAUAAUUUUUGGCUUGGUUUUAGUGCGCAACUGGUUGUGCAUCAUCUCCGCAGUUGAGGUGAAGUUUCUGGAUAUCGGACCUUUGGAACUCACUUCGAAUGUACUUUUGCUUCCCAUUGCUGCCAUGAAGAGUACAAAAUCGUGCAAGCCUUUGGUUACCAAACGCGAGAAAAAACUGAAUCCAGCGGAAUGUAUCGUGCCGCGAGAAUUUCGGUCCGUAUUCGGAGAGAACGCAUUUGGAUCGGAGCAGAUCAAUCGCCGGAAAUCAACCGAAUACCCACUAAAUGGAGGUGCUCUCAUGAUUGAUUCACGUACGGAUGUCAAAAAACAAUCGCUAGUCGGCUCUGGGCCAAUGGGUGUAGAUUCUGCUGCCCUGAGGGAGUCGCGGCUACCGAGUCGUUCACUGACAGGUUCGGACUGCUCCGCUAGUGAUGGCAGUUCUCUGUCCACAUCUCAGGUUAGCACUUAUUCUCCAUCCUCCUGUUCUUCGUCACUUGAAUGCAGUCCAUCCGGGUCAAGUAACUGCGCUUCACACAGAUCCAAACAUGCAUCUGAUGACACUACUCGGAAGUCCAAUUCGUCCGCGUUAACAGACGAUCCACUGGUCAGAAGUUCCGUGGCAGUCCGCAUUUCGGAGACCUGUAUACCAGUUGGGCUGACAGCCCAGUUUCAUCCUUCUCGUAUGAGAGCGAAACUCAAGCGAUCAAAAGUCUCCUCUGAUCACUCGAGACAGAUUGGCGAGACAGACAUGGCUUCUGAUGCAAAAUAUAAUUUAUCUUCGCACUCUGGAGUGAGUCCAGGGUUUUCACGACCAAAUUCACCAGAAAAGGUUGGCGGACUCAAGCCGGAAAUACAACAACCUAUAGUGUUAGAAGAGUCAAACGAAUUCUCCGAUGGCCUGAAUGUCACCAGUUCGGCCUCAUCUAUCCGUUGGAAUGUCGCGAGUCCGGAAGAAAAUUUCCAUUCAGUCAGCCGUUUAGAUUCUUCAAUGAAUCGUCCGGAAGCAGUACAAAUUAGGUGUUCAAAGGAAAGCCUACCAGUUCUUGACAAGCAACAGCCUAGUCGAGACGUUUCAAGUAACCAUGAAUGCAUCACACAGGCUCCACCGGGUAUACUUUGCAGGCCUUCUGUCAACGGCUCGGAAACCACAGGUCGUGAUUCUAAUUCUAGAGCAACAAGUUGGAAAAUAACCGCUAAUCAUCCAACCGCUACCAUUUCAUCAGCAACCCCGAACUCAAAUCUGGAUUUCGGAAGUUCUGGUCCAAGUCCGUCCAGCGAUCAUUCACAAACAGUUCAACCUCCUCAUCAUGAGGAAAUAAUGCGGAUCACUGAAACCAUUGGCCGAAUUUUGGAAGAACUGGUUACCACAGAACGCAGCUAUUGCCGUUCACUUUACGUGUUCUCUGAGGUCGUUGCGAAAGGUGUGUGCACAAAAAGCAGUGUUAGUUUGAAAGAGCUCCGAUUGUUAUUCCCCCGAUGUCUGCCAGACCUGUAUGUAAUGCACAUCAAAAUGCUCGAUCAGAUGGAGGAGGGACUGACGGAGUUUUUCCAACACGGAAUCACGACGUAUUCUGUCCAGGCAAAAGACGUUGCACUCCCAUUCGUUGUGUUGCUAAAUGGACUUCAGGAGUCCACCGAACACUUUCUAUCAGGCGAUCUUGGCUACGAUCAAAGGGCGCAACAACGUCACCAAAAAGUUCACAACAUCCAAUCUGAACCGGACUCAACAGAACCCUUAUUUCCCAGUUUGUAUAGACGUUACUUGUCCGAAUUCACAACGGCGAUGAAAAUCCAGCGUAAAUUACUUCGUCAGUCCUCGAAAUUUCGGCAGACUGUCAAGCGUCUCCGAGAACAUCCAGACUGCGAGGGAUUUGAUUUCUCCGCGUUUCUGCUUGCUCCAGUCCAACGUCUUCCUCGGUAUUUAUUAUUGAUCCGACAGUUAACCCGCCAGUUCAACAAGCUGCUUCAGUGUCAGCUGCUUAUAUUGAAUAUUCCUAUUCGAACAGCUUGGGAGUUGACCAAACAAACCGAAGAUCGAUUGCAUCAAAUUUUAGUAAACUUGGACUCACAACUAGUGGGAAAACUUCAAAGACCCACAGGAGCUUCUACGUUUGGAAAACCAGAAACUCACGGCCUGAAUUCUGAGGAUAAACAACCAUUGUCUGUUCCAGAAACAUCUGCAGAAAGAGUGGCUGAGGAGGCUGAAGGAGUGCGGUCACGCGUGCGACGAGUAUUUAGUGAUAAAGUCAGUAACAGGUUGGACGAACAAAUACAACCCGACGCAGGAGAUGAAACCGAAGUCACUCGAGAUCCAGAGGCAUUCGAUUUAUCCAAGGCAACCGGUAAUCAUUCGUUUAUUGCCAAAAAGAGUAACACAUCGAAUGAUGGGGACAACAGAGACACGUUCUUGGUGGGGCAUGAGCUAGAAAACUGGAUCAAGACAAGCGAAUUGAUCAACGCCUCUGAAAAAGAUAAACGUAGAGGAGUUCUGUUUGACCAGGAUGUAUGUUCUGUCCAUGAAGAUCAAGCGAAGAACAACGCACGUCCGACAGACUCAUCUCCCGAGAUAGCGAUCAUUACGAAUUUUCAACCGAAUACGGUAGCUUCUAAAGAACGGGACUUCAAUUGCAUAGAAAGGUACGGUUUUCCAGUGGAAAGCAGUCCAGUAGGACUAGAAGUGCAGCUUGUCGGUAGCCAUCAGCCAGAGGAAGAAAACAAUGCACGAACAGCACCCAACAGACCAACGGAUACUGAUGCGGGCGGACAGAUGGAACUAAUUCCCUCAUGUAUUGUUCAGACCGUCGACUAUACGCAACCGGAACAAGAAGAAGCCAAUUUUCAUGAGCGCACUUCAGCUUUGGUCGGUAAUGAGUGCGAAAUGCGUCAGAAGAAGGACUCUGAAUGGCAUUCAAGUACGGUUGCUUCAGACAUUACUGAUCCUCCUCUCGUUGAGCGCAACGUUCACCAUCCUGUGGAACAGUUGCAUCAAACAGUGCGUGAUGACCAACUGAGGACCGAACCAACAGCCGGCCUUCCAAAUGAUGACUCACUCAAUGCCCGCGGUUUCACUUGUGGAGAUCAACCGGAAGGCAAAUCAGCUCCUCACAAAACCACCCAAAGCAAUCUUGGUCCCAAACAACAAAAAACACAGGUUCAGCAACGGAAAGAAUCAAGUACGUUGAAAAUUACAAGGGCACAAACUUUUGACACACGGCCAUCGGUUGAAAAACCACAGACGAUGUGGAAGUUUUCCGUAUGGAAUUUUUUCCGCCGUAAACCAAGCUCAAUGGAUGACGUUUCAGGCGCAACCAACAGGAAGAAAGGCAACGAUGAAUCGUUGAACGUGUCCACGGAUGAUUUGGAACGGCUGAAACCUUUGAGUCUAACAGAAGUCGGGGAUGUUCACUUCUAUGAAGAAAGUCGGUCAACAGAAACCAAACAGAAUGUACAAGGCGGAUGUCAUACGCCUUCGUUGAAUGCUAGCUGGUCAAUCCAGAAUCAAUUCGGCCGAACAUUGAUAGACUUCCAGGAGGCGUUGCAAGUUUCACUAAACUAUCCACAGAAUAACGACCACAUGUUCCUGGAUGAAACCGGAAACAUAUGCUUUGAAAUCUAAAAAACAAGGAUGGACAUUGGGUUCAUCGUUUCCGUGUGUAAAUACAGGUGUGUACCUACAUGCUUUUAGAAAUCAAUAAUGCAAAGAAAGCACUCAUGGCUACCCGUCA